AUACAAAUCCUCUACCUUAGAUACACAGGGCCAAGCAAACCCCCUCACACUUCCCUCAGACGCCACUCAUGGCUUCUGCGCCUGCUGUCAAGCGGGUGCCAUCCUCGGCCAAUACUGCCGAGACACAACCCACCCCAGCUCCCAUCCGAGAUGCCAGCGACCAAUAUCGAGACGACGCAGAGGACGCCGAUGAAGAGACAGAGGGACUUCUCGCCUCGAAUCGAUCGCAAAGAGCACACAAUGACAGUCGCACAGAACCUACCUCGCCUGUCGCCCGAGCCUGGGAGACAGUAAAGGCCACCUGCGACGUCUAUCGUACCGAACUGGCUGCGAGAUUUGGCAGUACCAGCGCAACAAGGAAGGGCAAGCAGAGGAGAAAUGAUGCACGUACAGCCAGUGGCGGUGCAACGGUCUCGUCUAGCAGCACCACACCGUCUGAUGCUCAUCCCUGGUGGGCAGAAGUGAAGCGUACGCUGCGCAACCCUAUCGUGCGAGCAGUCCUCUUCACACUUCUGGGACUCCUCGUUCUCAUUCUCCUCCUCAUCGGAAUCGAAGUAGCCCACAUCUCCUUAUCUACCCUCAAAUCACCCUCCGAAGAGGCGCAAGCAAGGAUCCUGGACGAGGCACUCGUCCUCGAGGGGCCCGACUCGGUUCGCCUUCUGAACAUCUCCGAUGACGGCAUUCAAGUCAGAGUGGACGGACGUCUCGGUCUAGAUCCUGACAGGGCCUUGGACAUUUGGCUGGGCAAGAGGAAGGUAGAAGGCUGGUGGAAGAGGAAAGACCGAGAUCUCGUAGAGUGGGCCUUGGGAAAGGUGGGAGGUGUCAAGGUGGAGCUGGGGCAGCUGACCAUUGCUGAGCCUGACUGGUCACUGGACAUUGAGGAGCAAGAGCUGGAUCUGAUCCCGGACCAAGCCAAAGAUGGCAGGUCGGGAGCAGUGAAGGCUCUGUCGCCUCGAAGUGUCAGCGCCUCUGCUCCUCCUCGCAGCCUCCUCACCUUCCACCUGGACCCGCUGUACGUCCCCUUCCCUGGUCUACUGCAUUCCUCGGAGGCGGAGGGUCCCAUCCUCGGCGGGCCCAACUCGACACACAGAGCACGUCUCACGAUGCGUCCUCUCAAUCUUACUCUCCUCUUCAAGCCAGUUGCGCCCGCCCCUUACCUGGUUACGCUGGGCGAGCGAGCAGCCAAGCAAGGCAACGCCACCCUGGACAUCAAGGUCGACUCUCUCUCCGUCAAGGGAAUCACCCAGGCUGAGAUGGAGGGUAGGCCUGCAGGCAAAGGCUCACGUGUGCCAGGAAUGAUCUCGCUAGGACAGAAGAACAUCGUCAAGAGGGUGCUGCAGCGGAUUCCCAAGAUCGAGCCUGGCAACUCGACUGAUGCGGUGCUCAACCUCACCAGGUACGACUUUUCCGAGAUCAACAGUGGCUUCGCGUCCAGCAGUGGAGAUGAUCAGUCCACGCAGGGAACCAAGGCGCUGGGCAUCAAGGCAUACGCCGAGGCUCUGAACCCCCUGGGAGAGCUGCUGCGAGGUAGCGUAGAAUACAGCCUUCCUUUUGGCAUCUACCUGCCUGUGCCAGAGGGAGCCAACUUGACCGCCAAGGCCGACAAGCCAGAGACGGUCCUGCUUGCAGCCGUGGCUAGUGAGCCAUUCCAGCUUGAGGGUCAGGAUAAGAUCCCCAUCAUUGUGACCGGCAGAGUUGUACCUCCUCCGGCGCCAGAAGCACUAUCCUCGCCGUCGUCGGCGCAGCAGUCUGGCUCACACCAGAAAGUCAUGUCUGCAUCCAGCUCGCAAGUGCACGCUCAGGCCUCUCCACAAGAGGCAGCCUUGGGCAACUUCCUGUCUCGCUUCCUGCGUGGAGACGACAACACCGUCUACGUUCGAGGUGGAUCUCCUUUCCCACCAGAGACGAACGACUGGAAUUUGCCGGGCGCUGGAUCUCGUCACCUACCUAGCUGGCUCACAUCUGCCCUCACCAUCCUGGAUGUUCCCAUCUCCUUUCCUGGAUCCAAGGUGACUGACCUGAUCAAGAAUGUGACGAUCUCCGAUUUGCAGAUCAAGCCUCACCCUUUUAGUCAGGAGAAGCUCCUCUUUAGCGGCACCAUCAUGGGCGAGAUUGCCCUCCCUGGAGAGCUGGCAGCAGUGGAUGUAGAAGUGAGGAGGUUGUGGCCUGAUAUUCUCGUCUUUGACGGGAAGCCACCGUCGAUGAAGAAGCCUGGCGAGGGAGACGGAGGCCAUGGAGGGAUUCCCGAUGAUGGAGGUGAUGAUGAUGACGACGACGAUGGUAUUGUCGCGGGCACGGCGACUAAGACCACCAGGGGCUCCCCGCUCUCAUCUCUCUUCUUCGACAAGGACGAAGAAGACGACGACCCUUCUAUCCCUCCUCUCCCCUCUCCCCUCCCCUCGGGCGCCUUUGGCCGUGUCCGUCCACACACCUUUGCCAACGCCACCACCUUCUGGUCUUCGGACAGCCCACCCAAGAAACUCCUCAAGAGCAAACUCGUCGAUGUACCCUUUACCGUCUUGCCCGGUCGAGGAAAAGAGUUUCGUGCAUUUACCUGGAAACUCAUUACGGCGGGGGAUAAAGGAGUAGAGGCAGGAAUCGAAGGAAGCUCUAGAGUGGGGAUUUGGAAUAGUGGAUUGGGCGAUUUGGAGAUUGCUAAAUUGCCGGUUGUAGGGGCCUUUGUUGUUGGUGGAAAAGGGGGAGGAGGGGAUGACGAUGACGAUGGACUUGCCCUAGGUAGCGGGAAUGCUGCAUAGUCCUGCCCCCUUUGUCAGGCCGCGUGGGCCGUCCGUUGCUUUUGUGGUCGUGUUCUGUAUCGUACAUGCUCCCUUUCUCUUAUCUGGAUACAAGUUCUGUCGCUGCUCUAUUUUCCCACUCGCGCUCGCACGCAACAUGUCCUUCUCUCCUUUUGCAUUCUCCCUAUUUAUGUAAAUGCCCAUAUCUCAUCCAAUCCACGCUUCG